AUGCUUGACUAUCCUCAAAAUCCAAUCGUUUACGAUGACAAUUUACUCUCCUCCAUUAUACCUGCUAACAUGAUGAUCAAGCAAGAUCAUAUGGCUACCGAUGACCUUUUAUUAACUUCUGGCUACUACCCACACAUGCAUCAAGAGGCUCCGGCACUGGACUAUCCAUCAGAUGGCUACAGUCAUCCAUGUAGUAAUUUGAGCGACUUGAUGUAUCUCGCCGCUCCCACUGUCACUACCACUGCUGCUGCUGUCCCUGCUGCACCUGCACCUGCUACUGCUGGCAACGCUUGCUCCUCUCCUCCUUCCUCUCAUUACUCUUAUGACAGCUUUUACUCGCCAACGGAAUCAAUAACAGGCUUUGAUUUCUUUCCAUCACCAGCAUACAGCGACCCAUCUCUUUAUGAAUACUGGUCAAACAACUCUUCACCAGCACCUGUCAGCCAACAUUUUGAAGCAUUAUACUUUGAACAACCCUCCAAUGUCUUGACAAUGCCAUCAGCCAAUACCUUUCCAUCGUCUUCAUCUUCAUCUGCAUCUGCAUCCUCCACAUCUUCAUCACCGUCCACGCAAUCAGCGUUACUGACAGCUCAAAUCACAACGACAACAACAACGACAACACAAAAAUCUCAAAUCGAAGGAAGACCUUAUCCAUGCCCAUCUUGUCCUCGUGCAUUUGCCCGCAAACAUGACCUGCAGCGACACAUCCGUGUUCAUACUGGUGAUAAGCCUUACAUGUGCCCUUGCUGUAAAAAGACAUUUGCUCGUACUGAUGCUUUAAAGAGACACUUGCGUAUGGAAGAGAAAUGCCGCAAAAGCAAUCAAGUGCAAGCAAUGAAGGACACUGGCAGAAGACGAUAUAGAAACUUGUAA